UCUGGACGCGGCGCGGGCGCACAUCACUCCCGCACCGCGCCCGAGCGACGCUCCACGUCCGUGCAUUGUAUGGGAAUAAAUAAUUGGCUCCCGUAUUCUUCUUUUGACGAGCUCUCCGGCGGGCCCAUUAUGUCCAUUUGAAUACGAACGCCAUUCGGACGGCAGUGGCGACGUCCCCGGUCGCCUGCGCCGCGCUCCACACCACGACACUACAAAAUGUCGACAACAAACACCACCGACACGGGAUUACCCGGGCUCCCGGGGCCGCGUAACUGCACGCCGCCGGCCAUCGACGACUUCCCGGCCGGCUUCUUCACGGAGCUGCAGCGACAACAUGGCGCCAUCGUCAUCCACGCCUUCAUCUCGCUCUACCUGUUCAUAGCGCUCGCCGUCGUCUGCGAGAAGUUUUUUGUGCCGGCCGUGGAUAGGAUAUGCACUGCAUUGAACAUGACGAAUGAUGUGGCCGGCGCCACCUUCAUGGCGGCCGCCACGUCAGCUCCAGAACUCUUCGUGAACGUGAUUGGGACCUUCAUCACGGAGGGGGACAUCGGAGUGGGCACCAUCGUCGGCUCCGCGGUCUUCAACAUCCUGGCCGUGGCCGCCUGCUGCGGCAUCGGCGCUGGCAUGGUGGUUCCGCUGGACUGGUGGCCGCUGACGCGCGACUGCCUCGCGUACGGCAUCACCGUGUCCAUCCUCAUCUGCAUCAUGCACGAUGAGUACGUGCAGUGGUACGAAGCCUUCUUCCUCGUGCUGCUGUACGGAGUCUACCUCUGCAUCAUGUACUACGACAAAUCCAUCCAAAACUUCGCCAAAAAUAGUUGGAAACGAUUUGCUAAGGACAAGAGCAGUGACGAACAUAAAGAAGGCGUACUGGAAGAUGGUAUAUCAUCAAAGACGGCGUCCUCGAAAUCCGAUCACCAUCAGCAUAAUGGAAAUGUGGCAAGUGUCAUUCCUUACAUUGAUUCCAACGAAAAAUGCGUUGAUAUAGACACGGAGAAAGUGGCCGGUGGUGACGACAAAGUAAUAAGUCUUCGCGACAUUGAUGCUGUCGUUCAUGACCACGAGAUCGUCAGUGAUGCUGAAGGACAGAAUGACAAGGAUGUAGAGACCACUAAAGAAACCAAUGGAUAUGAACAUUCUUUGUGGAAAUGGCCUACAGGGCAAACCUGUUUUACCAAAACUGCCUGGAUAGUGACGUGGCCAAUUCAUCUAGUAUUCCUGUUUACAAUACCCGACUGUGAGAAACCACGCUUUAAGAAAUGGUUUCCCUUGACGUUCAUUAUGUGUAUUGUGUGGAUCGGUUCAUUGUCAUACAUAGUUGCUUGGAUGAUCACCAUUAUUGGUGAUACAUUGAUGAUUCCUGAUUCAGUUAUGGGAAUCACUUUCUUGGCAGCAGGCACAUCGGUUCCAGAAGCAGUUUCCAGUGUAAUAGUUGCUAAGCAAGGUCACGGGUCUAUGGGUAUAAGCAAUUCCAUUGGAUCAAAUACUUUUGACAUUCUCCUGUGCCUUGGACUGCCGUGGUUGAUUAAGGCAUCCCUCACGCCUGCAGAGCCUGGACAUUAUUGGGUGAAAAUAAACUCAAUGGGGUUGGAGUACUCUGCCAUAUCGCUUCUGUCGACGCUGCUGAUGUUGUAUCUGACAUUCUGGCUCAACAAGUUCAAGUUGGAUGCGGCGGUGGGCCGGGCCUGCCUCGCCAUGUAUGUCAUGUUCCUGGUACUAGCCACCCUCAUCGAGCUGAACGUCUUUUUCCCCGUCAACGUUCGCACGUGCAAGAGGAGCGAACUCUAGACCGCCGCCAUCUUGGACGCGGCCGCUUGCCGCCAAAAACUAUACACCCCUGUACAGUGAAACCCAGUGAUGUGACCUAUGCCUUAUUUUGUAACGUAGUAUAUUCUGGCUCCAGCUACACGUAGAAACGUAUUUGCUAGAUAAUGUUGCAGUUUGUAAGAAAUAAUAUGCCUCUACGCAUUUGUUGAAUUUAUGUCAAUCGAUUAACGAAAUUAACGGGAAGAUUUUAUAAUUGUUCGUUGCUAGUGGUAAUUUAUAAAUUUAAUUAAGGCUUAACUGUAUUUUAACAGAUCUAUUUUUGUGAGAGUCUUGUAAGUCUUGUUAGAUUAAGCCAGUCAGUGAAAUUCAGAAUAAAUAUGUAUAUUUUCAGUCAACUUGUUUCUAUAUCUAUUACAAGAUUACAACUACUACUAAUGUACGCCAGUUCAUUUGUUAUUGUUUGGAGUGUCAUUUCAGUAAUUUAUUCAACAUUAUAUCUAAGGCAUUCUUAUUUCUGUAUCCUUAUAACAUCUUAGAUAUAUUAAAUGACUUUGAAAAUUAUAAUAAUCUACACAUUUGUUUAAUUUAGAGAGUUUUAAUCAAGAAUAUCAUAAUUUUGUAUACUUAUUGAUGAUUUAUUGUAAAUUGUCAGUGAUUUUCAGGAUCAGGUUAUCCUAGUUUAAAGUUUAAAAGACAAAA